AUGGACGACACCAUUGCCCAGUUUGUGAACAUUACCGGCGCUGCGCCGGAGGUUGCGCGCUCGUACGUCGAAUCGGCGAACGGCGACGUGUCGACCGCCGUCGCCUCGUUCUUUGAUAGCGCCGAGGACGACGCUGCGGCGUCCGUGCCCGCUGCGCCUGCGGCUGCAGCCGCGCCUGCCGCCGCGCCGAGCGGCCCGCGGACGCUCGGCGGCGCGCCGGCGGCGGAAGAUGCGCCGUGGCCGAGUACCAAGCCCGCUGCGCAGCCUGCGCGCGCGCGGGGUGGCGGCAUCAUGACGUUCAGCGACCUGCGUGGCCACAGCGCCGACGAGGAGCCGGACGACCGCGACCCUGUGAACCUCUUUGCGGGCGGCGAGCGCAGUGGCCUCAAUGUCGAGAACCCUGAGGCGCGCCGCGGAGGCGACGACAACAGCCUCGUGAGCGAUAUCCUGUCCAAGGCCGCCACCGCGCACGGGCAUGCGGAGCAGCCGGUGGACCUCCAAGGCGGCUCGUCGCGUGCCUUUACUGGCCGCGGCCACUCGAUCGGCGGCGCUACGGUCGGCGAGGAGGCUCCGCCACCCGUGGAGGACGAGGAGGAGGACUCGAGCGAGGAGCCGGCCGUGCGCCACCUCACCUUUUGGCAGGACGGUUUCUCGAUUGAGGACGGCCCGUUGAUGCGCUACGACGACCCUGCGAACCAGGAGACGCUGCAGGCGAUCAACUCGGGCCGUGCGCCACUCAGCUUGCUGAAUGUGCGCUUUGGCCAGCCGGUCGAGCUGAUGGUCGCGCGGCGCACGCACGAAAACCUUUCGGCGGCUCGGGCAACCGCCUCGGCGCCCCUGCGCCCGCCGUCGCGGCCCCCCCGCGCUCCGCUGCGCCUCCUGCCCCCCCCCUCGGACGCGCCGGUGGUGAACGACUCGGAGCCUACGACGCAGAUCCAAGUGCGUCUGAGCGAUGGCCAGCGCCUGAUUGCGAAGCUCAACACGACGCAUACGGUCGGCGAUCUUCGGCGCUACAUCAAUGCCCACCGCCCCGAAGUCGCUGGUCAAUCCUAUACGCUGCAGACCUCCUUCCCCCCCCGCCCUCUGACGGACGAUGCCCAAAGCGUCGCCGACGCGCAGCUCCUCCACGCGGUGGUCGUGUUGAAGUUCACGUGA